CUGGUCCACUUCUCAACUUGCUCCAGAUCCCGGCGACUUCCAGCUCCCGCAACUAAAGGAGCCGCCGAAGCCCACGGGGCCGCCGGGCUCCCGGCCUUCCCCGCCGAGCCCCUCGCCCGGCGCCAGCCCCCGGGUUACAUAACGGGCCCAGCGGAGCGCUCUCGCGAGGCUUCCACCGUCCCCUCCUCGCUCCACGUCAGAGAGAUUCGGGCGGAGCGGCCAACAUGGCGGAACGCAGGAGACACAAGAAGCGGAUUCAGGAAGUUGGUGAACCAUCUAAAGAAGAGAAGGCUGUAGCCAAGUACCUUCGAUUCAAUUGUCCAACAAAGUCCACCAACAUGAUGGGUCACCGAGUUGAUUAUUUUAUUGCUUCAAAAGCAGUGGAUUGCCUUUUGGAUUCAAAGUGGGCAAAGGCCAAGAAAGGAGAGGAAGCUUUAUUUACAACAAGGGAGUCUGUGGUUGACUACUGUAACAGGCUUUUAAAGAAACAAUUUUUUCACCGGGCACUAAAAGUAAUGAAAAUGAAGUAUGAUAAAGACAUUAAAAAAGAAAAAGAAAAAGGAAAAGCUGAAAGUGUAAAAGAAGAAGAUAAAAAGGGCAAGAAAGAAAGUCUAAAGGAUGAAAAGACCAAAAAGGAAAAAGAAAAAAAAAAGGAUGGUGAAAAAGAAGAAUCCAAAAAGGAGGAAACUCCAGGAACUCCCAAAAAGAAGGAAACUAAGAAAAAAUUUAAACUUGAACCACAUGAUGAUCAAGUUUUUCUGGAUGGAAAUGAGGUAUUUGUGUGGAUCUAUGACCCAGUUCACUUUAAAACCUUUGUCAUGGGAUUAAUUCUUGUGAUUGCGGUGAUAGCAGCCACCCUCUUCCCCCUUUGGCCUGCAGAAAUGAGAGUAGGUGUUUAUUACCUCAGUGUGGGCGCCGGCUGUUUUGUAGCCAGCAUUCUUCUCCUUGCUGUUGCUCGUUGCAUUCUGUUUCUCAUCAUUUGGCUCAUAACUGGAGGAAGGCACCACUUUUGGUUCUUGCCAAAUCUGACUGCUGACGUGGGCUUCAUCGACUCCUUCAGACCCCUGUACACACAUGAAUAUAAAGGACCAAAAGCAGACUUAAAGAAAGAUGAGAAAUCUGAAACCAAAAAGCAGCAGAAGUCCGACAGUGAGGAAAAGUCAGACAGUGAGAAAAAGGAAGAUGAGGAGGGGAAAGGAGGACCAGGAAAUCAUGGAACAGAAGGCUCCGGCGGAGAACGGCAUUCUGACACAGACAGUGACAGGAGGGAAGAUGACCGAUCCCAACACAGUAGUGGGAAUGGGAAUGAUUUUGAAAUGAUCACAAAAGAGGAACUGGAACAACAAACAGAUGGGGAUUGUGAAGAGGAGGAAGAAGAUGACAAUGAUGGAGAAACAACUAAAUCAUCACAUGAAAAAUCAUAAUCUGCCUAAUUUUGGGACUAAAAAAGUACAAGAAGUUGGAUUUUCUAUGUUGGCUGAUCAUAAUGUACACAUGACAUUUGUAGCAUUCUUUAAAUCCAUUUACUGAAAUGUAUUUGACAUCCAAGGACUAUUCAGUCCAUCAUUUCAUAGAAUACUAUUAUUGGUACAGUCAAAAGCCAUUUAUAAGUUUUAUCUACUUGAUAAUUUUACAGUAAGUAGGUCUCAUUAAUUUUGAUAGUUGUCAAAGAUGCACUUUCCAGAAUGACAUUUAGAUUAAUGGCAUUUUUUUAUAGUCAUAUGGCUUUUUACUGUUAGGCUAAUCAAAAUAACUAAAAGGGAUAAAAAAGAAACACCAACAUUUCAGAUUACAUAUAGUUAUGUAGCCAUUUCACAAUUUCUUUGAGAUGAAAUGCUUAAACUCACUGUUUUUGAUAGUUAACUUUUAUUGAUUAUAAAAUUAUCCCGGGAAAUUUCUAAGGUUCUAAGUUAACAGGGUACAAAAGCAUUUUUGUGGAAACAAGCCAACUAGGAAUAACUGCAACAGCACUUUUAGUUUAGCUACAAAUCCUCCUGUUCCAACUUAGGAAAUCCAAACUGGUGUGUACAUCUGAUUCAGAGGAAGGUGGCAUCUGCAGCAGACACAGCAGGCAGGACUGGUUGGAUGGCGACGGCUCUUCUCCCCAUUUCCUUGUCAUAAAGUAAAAUGUAUUCUGUAUAUAAUUUACAAAUAAACAUUCUAUUUUAAUUGUUACUUAUUAUUUAGACAUUUUCUUAACACUUAAAUUUGUAAAAUUAAGACCAUUUAAGGGUGUGUUUUUAGAGAAAUUGAAGUUUCAAUAACCCACAGAACAUCUGCUGCUGUGAUCUUUCUAUAGCAGCUUCAAGUUUUGUGCCAACAUUCCAUGUAUUUGAAUGAAUUAAAACGAUCCUUAUUAAAUAAGAACAGACUUAAAGUAGCUGUUUGUACGCCUUAAUGUUCAUUUUGAUUUAUCUUAAAUCUCUGCAUUCGGAAGUGGGGUACUGUAUUAUCAGACCAGGAGGCACUGCUAUGAAAGAUAAUUUACUGUUCUAAAAUAUCAAUUUAAAAUAAAGAGCAUAAAAGAAAAC